GCCCAUAGAUAGUUGUACUGGAUCGGACAUGACUAGGUCACUAGGGUAAUACAUUCGAAAGGAUAACGAUUAGGCCGGGGAAUAGCUGGAUCCGUGUAUUUAUUUGUCAAGUGGAUUUUAAACUGGUACAUGUGUAUAUGGAAAGUUGUUCAGUGCACAUGGUGUUUUCAUCUGCUCUUUGUAAGAUAAUUAUUGAUUAUUGGUGAUGCGUCAAUAGUGGUAAUAGUGUUGAUGUUUAACGUCUUUAUAUAUCAAAACCGCGGCCGUCGUAAUGUUGGCCAGCAUAGCUCGGGGAUCUCUGGAAGUGCGCCACACUUCUCCAGCUGUUGUGGUCUAACACUAACGGACUGAAGCGAACCCAUGGAACCUGUAGCUGGCGGCACGUUUCUCAACUGCCUCAAGAUUCUCUUACUGCAGCAUUUGGGGUUUACCAAACGCUGUUCUCGGAAUUCGAAGUAUUGAUUUCGGUGGCUGAGCGAUGGGUGUGUCUGUCCCGACAAAUUAGCUAUAGGUUGGCAGCACGUGGGUGAAGAGGAAGUUUGAUAGAUAAAUGACAGAAGGUCAAAUGUCUUAGAAUGUGUGGGUCCGCCCGCGGGAGCUAGCUAUGCAGCAGGUCGAUGUUGACAGGGAUCGACAUUCGGGAAGCCGAGGAAGGCAUACUCCCGAAAGCCUAAAAUCUCCGAUUUGUAUUGUUCGUUCUGUCUCAGAGGAGGAAACCGAGGAGAAAACGAUGACAGGCCAACUAACGGACGAACAACUCGCGGAGAUGAAGCGACAGUUCCUGUCGCAUGACAAGGGCAGUGGGAAGGUCACGGCGCAGCAGAUGACCGACGUCUUGGAAUCUGUCGGUGUCAAUCUGAGAGGAGAACAGAAGCAGGAGCACCGUGAUUGGAUAAAGGACAACACGACCGGAGAUGGACUCGUGAGCGUUGCCGAAUUCCUGACCAGGAUGCAGCAGAGCAAAGCACUCGCAGAUUCAGCACUGGCAGCAUUCAGGAUGUUUGACAAGGAUAACAGCGGGUACAUCGAUAAGGAUGAGAUUAUCCAGGGCAUGGCUCAGCUGGGAGAACAGCUGACAGACGAGGAUGCGGAGGAGAUGCUGCAGGAGUGCGACACAGAUGGAGAUGGCAAGAUCAACUAUGAAGAGUUUGUGAAGACCUUUCAGUAGCAGGAACACGAGAGAAGUCCUGCAUUCGUCAAUUGUUUAGAGAUACUCGGGUGCAUUCAAGCACUGUGGACUGUUCAACUCAUGGUACCAAACUACACUUGCUUCGAACUUUCUAGUUUCCAUCGUCCAACCUAUGUAUAGUAGUAUAGUAUUUUAAAUGAUGCUGGAUGUAAAGUUCUUACAGUAUUCAAUUGUAAGAUCCAUUUUCUAUGCUUUCUAAAUCUUGCAAGAGAGAAUCCAAGAAACAACUUCAUGUAUCUUAGGUAGUCAGUCACACAAAACAACAAUGAAAUCUGGCCAACAAGGUUUCUUGGCUCACAUUUGACAUUUAUUCACUUUUCAACAAUUUCCAAGAGUCCUCAAAUGUAACAGUUCGGCAUCAAUAUUAAGUAAACCUGUAUGGUAAAACAAAAAAUGAAAAAUCUCUGAA